UCACGCGUAUUAUAUUAUAAUAUUAAAAACAAACGAAAAUGAUAUUGUAUUAUUUGAUUUCCAUGGCCGCCAUGAUGUCUAUAGCUUAUAACAGGGGUCUCCAAACUACGGCCCGCGGGCCGGAUACGGCCCGCGAACAAGUUUUAAACGGCCCGCAGCACCCAUAAGACGGUAAAUAAAAUAUAGAUAUCUAAAUAUAUAUUGUGUAAUUUAAAAAGUCGUUAUCGCGGGCACGUAUCAUAAUUUAUGACGACAGACAUUGCAAUUUCCUUAUAUUUUUAGUUUUAACGUCGAUAACGGAGAGAUUAGCCACAUAGACGAGCGGUACGACGAAAUCAUUUCAUAACGUUUGUACAGUUACAUGUCUAAGUUUGCAGUGCCUUUAUUAUAAAUAUUAUUCUUUACCUAUUAAUUCACCAAUUCAACAUGUCAGGAAGAGGAUUGAAAAGGAAAAUAGAUUCAGAAUGUCGUGUUUUCAAUGAAAAGUGGUCGUUGGAUUAUUUCGUAAUUUAUUCAGAAUAUAAUUUGAAGUGGGAAAAUUUGAAAUGUAUCACUACUGAUGGCGGAAGAAAUAUGUGUGGCACAAAAAAAGGUUUAAUUGGACAGAUAUUUACGAAUUGUGAAAAAGAAGGUUUUCAACCAAUGACUUUGCAUUGUAUUAUACAUCAGCAGGCAUUAUGCGGAAAAACUUUAGACUUGUCUUGUGUUAUGGAUCCAAUAAUAUCAACAGUAAAUUUUAUUCGCUCGAGCGCACUUAGGCAUCGUCAGUUUCAAGAUUUUUUGAAAGAAAUAGAAACGGAGUACCCAGAUAUACCGUAUUUUACCGCAGUUCGAUGGCUUAGUCGCGGAAAAGUCCUAUCGCGAUUUUUUGAACUAAGAAAUGAAAUUGAAAUAUUUCUAAUUGAUAAGAAUCGACCAUUGCCUUUACUUACAGAUAGUGAAUGGGUUUGGAAAUUAGCUUUUUUAGUGGAUAUCACAAAAUAUAUGAACGACUUCAACCUAAAAUUACAAGGUAAAGAUGUUCUAAUUUGCGAUGUUUACACAUUAGUAAAAGCAUUUAGGCAAAAACUUAUUUUAUUUGAAACGCAAAUUUCAAAAAAUUGUUUUAUUCAUUUUUCUACUUGUGAUAAAUAUAACAAAGAAUCAAGAACACAAUUUCCAGUCGACUUCGCUCAAAAAAUAAUUUCUGAACUUAAAAUCCAAUUUAAACAACGUUUUUCUGACCUUGACGUAAAAUCGGAAGAAAUAAAUAUUUUUCAAAAUCCGUUUAGUUGUGAUAUUGAGAAGUUACCUCCUACCCUUCAAAUGGAAAUGAUUGAUUUACAGAGUAAUGAUGCACUGAAAAUCAAACAUCGUGAAGAGACUUUAGUUGAUUUUUAUAAAUUUCUCCCAGAUAUACAGUAUCCAAAUUUAAAAAAAUUUGCAAUUGAAUAUAUAUCUGUAUUUGCUACGACUUAUUUGUGCGAGCAAACUUUUUCUAAAAUGAAAUACAUCAAAUCGAAAUAUAGAUCGGCCAUGACUGACAAACACUUGGAGUCAAUUUUGAAAAUUGGAACUAGCAACAUACAACCUCAAUUCGAUCGAAUAUUAGCAGAAAAACAUCAAUUUCAUACUUCUCAUUAAAAAAAAAAAAUUAUUAAAAUUACAAUGUAAUCAUUUAAAUUUAUACCAAUUAUAUUUAAGUAUAUUGUAGACAAUAUUUUAUAAAAAGAUUUAAAGUUAACUUAUAUUUGUAUACCUAUAUUUUGAUAAAAUUAAAAAUUAUAUGUGUUAAUAAACUUUUGGCCCGCUAAGAGCAUUUGAUA